AUGAAAAAGAUCCUGUCCUCCUUUGGCCGGCUGGAUUCGACGAAGACGAACCUGAGGGAGAUUCACGAGCGGCUGUCAAAGAGGAGCCAGCAGACCCCUUCCAUCGUCGAGGGCAACCGCAGGCUGGGCCGUUCGUUCACCGCCUUUGGCGACUUUCUCACGUCUGUGCGCGAGGACCCCGAGCUCGGUGAGUGCCUGGCGAAGGUCGGCCUCCUGGAGAUCCUAUUGAGCGACCUCCUCGAGAAAUGGAACACGGCGUCGGUUGAUAAGCUCGAGGACCCCAUCAACGAGUUCAUCAAGGGAGAGGUCGCUGCUGCCGAGCAAGAGAAAAAGCACUAUGACAAGGCCAAGGCCGCGUUCGAGGCUGCCGACACCAAGCUGCGCCAGCUGAAGAGCAAGGAGGACGCCAAGGCUUUCGACAUCGAAAAGGAGCGGAACGUGCUCCAGGAGCGGUACCUCGAGAGUCGCGAUCAAGCACAGACGGCCCUGGCUGAUGCCUUCGAAAAGAACAAGUUCUCCACGCUGGAAAAGAUGUGCGACUACAUCGACGCGCAGCAUCACUACUACAAGAGCGCGCUCGAAGCCGUCGAGCUCACCAAGCAGAAGGUCGACGACUACCGCCGCUACAUCACCAAGAAAAAGAAGGAGUACCGAAGCACCCGAGGCGCUGGGGGAGCAGGUGGUCAGGAAGAAGCCGACAGCGACGGCGAAGAAGAUGAGGCCCGGACUGGCGGCGAGGUGGUGAGGCAGGGCUGGCUGCAUCGCUCCGUGGGCAAGUCGUCGUGGAAGAAGUCCUGGGUGGUCGUCAAGUACAAGUACAUGUAUUAUUACUCCAAUCCCGACUCCUCGCUGGGCGGAGUGGUGCGACUGACGCACUGCUCGGUCAACGUCUCAACUCGCAAAGAGUUCUGCUUUGCCAUCAACGGCCGGUUGUCGUCCCAAUUUUUCUACUCCAAGAGCGACGCCGACAUGCAGGCCUGGAUGGAGGCGGUCAAGACCUGCAUCGAAGAAGAGGAGGCCCACGAGACUCGACAACUCGGAAAGGAAGAGAUCAAGGGCAACGUGUACGUUGAGGAAGAGGAACUACAGGACGAACCCGAGGAGGAGAUCAACAAUGUGGAAGAUCCGGUGCAGAGGGUGCACCUGCAGCUGGUCAGGGACGAAAAGAAGUACCUGGGCUGCCUCACGCGGCUCAACAAGAUGUAUAUGCUGCCGCUCACGGCUGAUCCCAAGUUGAAGGGCAAGAUCCAGCCCGAUGAACUGGCCGCCAUGUUCGGCAACAUCAAACCGUUAACCACCUUCCACACAAACUUGCUCAAGCAACUCGAGAGCGUCGAGGCCAAGGAAGUGAGCGCCGUUUUCCUGCAUAAUCUCCAGGAGCUCGAGAGCGUCUACACGUCCUACCUGAUGAAACUGAGCAACGGGAUGCAUUCGCUGAACGCCUGCAAGCAGCGCGUCAAGGUCAUCAAGCAGUUCCUCACCGAGCGGGAGGAGAUCCUGGGCGAGGGCAACGAGCUGGCCACCCUCCUCGCCCUCCCGGUGCAGCGCGUCGCCCAGUACACCAACGUCGUUCAGUAUCUCAUCGUCACCGGCUCGCCUGAUUCAACGUUGGAUGCCGCGCACGACGCGUUGAAGGCCCUCACCGGCAAGCUCAACCAGUGCUCGGCCUCGUCCGCCUCGCUGGGCAAGAUCCUCGAUGUGCGCCGCCGCCUCCACAACUACGACGGCAACUUGGUCGAUCCGCACCGCAGGCUGUUGCGCGAGGGUCCCGUCCAAGUGCAGCUCCCAGCGCCGCCUACUGGACCGGGAAUGGCGGCGGCCUCGGGGGAGGCGGGCUCGCGAUUGACGCGAAAGCCCACGGGCAUGACCGCGAUCUACCUCUUCCUGUUCAACGACCUCAUGCUCCUUACCAAGGCGCCCACCAUCUCGCGCACCACCUACAAGGUCAUCGGCCAGCUCGAGAUGCACAAGGCCCAUCUGGUCGAUGAAGAGUCGGCGACGUUGUUCAAGCUGGAGGAGAAGCAGCGGGGCAAGCACGCCAAGGUCAAGGAGUACGCCAUCCAGUGCGAGUCGCCCGAGGAGAAGGCGGCCUGGAUGACCUCCCUGCUCAACUCCCUCGAUGAGAUGAAGGACAAGCGCAAGAUCUACGGCAUCCCGCUCGACCAGUUGAUGGCGACGCGCGAGAAGGGUCGGGAUGUGCCCACCAUCAUCGAAAAGGCCACCGAGUGGAUCAUCAUGAACGCCUUGUCGCACGAGGGCAUCUUCCGUAAGGCUGGCCGCCUGGACUCCAUCGAGGAUUUGAAGGACCUCUUUAACCAGGGCAAGGCAAUCGAGUUUUCGAAGGACGAGGAUCCGUAUGUGGUGGCGGGAACCAUGAACCACUUCCUCAUGGAGCUCCCCGAUCCCAUUCUGACGAACGCCAUGUACGACCUCUUCAUCGACUCAGUCACGGAUGGGCAGGCGUCGGUUCCAAGGCUGAGGGAUCUCAUCGGCCAACUGCCGCCCUACAACCGAUACGUGCUGCAGCACCUCAUGUCCUUCCUUCAACUCGUCGUCGACCACGAAGCCGACAAUAAGAUGGGUCCGUCGAAUCUGGCGAUCGUAUUUGGCCCGACGCUGCUGGGCUCCGGCAGUGCGGAAUCGAUCUUCUCAGACUUCACGGCCAACCAAAAGGUCAUCGAGGCCAUGAUCACCAACUACGCCGCCCUCUUCCAGGACAUUGAAGAGGAACGCAUACUCGUCAAGAAGAAGAUGCUCGAGGAAGAGGAGGCCGAAAAGAAGAAGCGGGAGAUGCAACAGAAGAGAGUGACCGAACGGUUGGGCGCGAUUUCGUUGAAGGGCUCUCCGACGCAGUCGCCAACCAACUCGGGCGAAAUACCAGUGCGACCAGCGUUGUCCAGCCGUACCGUCGUGCGCAAGUCCUUCCUUGACCGCGCAGGCGCCCCGCCCUCUCUCCCCUCUCUCCCUCCGGCUCCGACCGGUGAUGUACCCCAAGGCACUCAGAUUUCUCCUGACUCCGGAACCAAGCAGCUGCCGCCGGUGCCCACGGUGCGCAAGCAGCUGCCGCGGCCGCCAGGCAGCCCCGCCGACGCCCCGUCUCAGGCGUCAUCGUCGCCCGCGGCCACGCCGGGCUCGCCCAUGCCCGGAGCCAGCGAACGCGCGACCUUCUCGGUGCCCCCGCGCCCCGUGAUGCGCGUGGGCACCACCGGCUCCAUGCGGCGGCCCGGUGGCACGCCCCUGCCGCCCCCGCCCGGCGGCGCUCCGCCUCAGCAGCCCCUCCCGCUCAGCCCCACUUCUGCCGCCGCUGUGCCGCCAAGGCCGAACUCGGGCGGCUUCGGACUUAGCGUCAGCGCGGGUGUCGGCGGUGGUAGUGACGCGGAUCUCGAACCUCUCGUAUCCAACAUCCGCUCGCUCACCCCUGGGAGCCUGGUGAAGCAAGGUUGGCUCACCAAGAAGGGAGGCCAGCGAAGGAAUUGGAAGACUCGCUGGUGCGUGCUCAAGACGAACGAGUUCAGCUACUACACCAACAAGAAGGACGCCAAGCCAAAGGGUACGAUCGUGUUGAGCGGCAUUACGGUGAAGCCCUCUUCGCACAAGGAGUUCUGCUUCGGCAUCAGCACCACCGAGCGCACCUACCUCAUGGCCGGCAAGGACGCCACGGAACAAGAGGAGUGGGUGACCGCCAUCACCGCCUGCUUGAAGAGUCUGGAUCCGUGA